UUUCCAUAUUUAAGACAAACAAGUUGCAGAAAAAAACAAGUUGCAAAAAAAAAGAAGGGAAUAAUCUUUGGACCUUAUCAAUGGCUUGUGAGAUUGCAAAUUAAGUAUUUUUCUCCAAGUUUUAGUUUCAAAUCAUCUUCUCCAUUACCAUCUUCAACCCUUUCCCCUCUUAAUCAUUCUUUUUUUUUUUUGUCACAACCCCUCUUAAUCAUUCAUCUCCGAAAAGGUGCUCAAUUAAGUUCAUCCAAGCAUGGCUGACACCAAACAAGAUAUUGAAACUUCGGAGGAUGAGAGGAAGAUAGUGAAGAUAAGCUCCUUUAGAAAGAAAGCAAUAAGCGCAUCAAACAGAUUUAAGAAGUCGUUCAGGAGGAAGAGUCGGAGGACCAGCAGAAGAAUCGUGUCAGAACCAGGUGGCAUCAAUGCCGAUGAUCUUAGGUCUAUUGAUGCAUUCCGUCAACUCCUUCUCCAAGACGACCUUUUACCUACCCAACACGAUGAUCCUCACAUGAUGCUCAGAUUCUUAAGGGCGAGAAAACUUGACACUGAGAAAGCGAAGCAAAUGUGGAGUGACAUGCUCCAAUGGAGGAAAGAUUUCGGAGCCGAUACAAUCAUCGAGGAUUUUGAGUUUGAAGAGAUCGAUGAAGUUGUCAAGCAUUAUCCUCAAGGCUAUCAUGGAGUGGACAAAGAAGGAAGGCCGGUUUACAUUGAGAGAUUAGGCCAAAUCGAUGCUAAUAAGCUGUUACAAGUGACUACAAUGGACCGGUACGAGAAAUACCAUGUAAAAGAGUUCGAGAAAAUGUUCAAUAUCAAGUUCCCUUCUUGCUCAGCGGCAGCCAAGAAGCACAUCGAUCAAAGCACGACCAUUUUUGAUGUGCAAGGCGUGGGGCUUAAGAACUUCAACAAAUGUGCAAGGGAACUUCUACAACGCCUUCUCAAGAUCGACAACGACAAUUACCCUGAGACUCUAAACAGAAUGUUCAUCAUCAAUGCGGGUCCUGGAUUCCGGCUCUUAUGGGGCCCCGUUAAAUCUUUCCUUGAUCCAAAGACGACAUCAAAGAUUCAUGUUCUUGGGAACAAAUACCAGAGCAAAUUGCUCGAAGCCAUUGACGCUAGUGAGUUGCCACAUUUCUUUGGCGGCCGUUGCACUUGUGAAGACAAAGGAGGCUGCAUGCGAUCUGAUAAAGGCCCAUGGAACGAUCCUGAGAUUCUUAAGAUGGUGAAGAACCCUGAGGCCAAGUUCUCGACUAUUUCAGAGGACGAACGCAUACUUGUAGAAGAUGAAAGAUUGAUGGUCUUUGAACCUCUAGAGAGAAAGAAGAAGAGAACCAUCAAAGUCAAUGUGUCUGAGAAACACAUUGCAACUGUUGACAAGUUCAUGGCUUUGUCUUUACCUGAAAAGCCUCCAAAAACCGUCAAAAGAGGGAAUGGGCUACCAAAGAAAGAUGAUGGUUUUCUUGUGGGAGGGGUUAUCGCCUUUGUGAUGGGAAUUCUAGCAAUGGUCCGGCUAUCUAAACACGUUCCACGCAAGCUCACGGAGGCUGCAUUAUUUGGCAACUCAGUUUACAAUGACGAAUCAAAAAUUACUAAACCCUACCAAGAUCAGCUUUCAACACCAGUAUCAAGCUCCGAGUAUGUAUUAAUGGCAAAGAGAAUGUCCGAUCUUGAAGAGAAGUACAUGUCCCUUGAUUCGAAACCAGCGGAUGAUGGUUUAGAGAAAGAAGAUAAACUUCAGGCCGCGCUAAACCGGGUCCAAGUGCUUGAGCAGGAGUUAUCUGAGACCAAAAGGGCUUUGGAUGAAACGAUCACCAAGCAGAAUGGGAUUCUUGAAUAUAUUGAGAAGAAAAAGAAGAAGAAGAAGAGACUGUGUUUCAGGUUCUAAAUCAACGAACCACUUUGACCCCAAAAAAAGAAAAGAAUUCCAGUCUGAAAAUAAGAUGAGAUGAAAAGCACAUGAGGAAUAUAUGCAUAUAUGGUUUUUCUAUAUAUAACUUUGUUGUUAAGCAAAAAGUGGGGUUUGCCACUAGAGGCGUGCUUUGGGUUCUCUCUUGUUGAACAAAAAAGGUUUAUCUCUUGUAAUUUCGAGUGUAUAUUUUGGUAUUCGCUUGCAACUUUUCGUACUUAUACGUAAAUUAA